AUGAAUUUUGAUACAGAAAAAUUUAUAGUGGAAAUAAAAAACCGUCCUUGUAUAUGGGAUAGCACAUCAACAGAUUAUUCGGACCGUAAUUUAAAAAUUAAAAGUUGGGAUGAAAUAGUUGACAUAUUCAAAGAAAAAGAAGUAAUGACGAUCCAAGAAAAGAAAGUAUUGGUUGACACUUUGCAAAAAAGGUGGAAAAGUAUACGUGGAUGUUUCACACGAGAACUCAACCGCCAAAAAUCUUUGAAGGCCGGGACUAGUAGUGGACCACGUAAAAGUGAAUAUAUGUUUUUUAAACAACUCUUGUUUCUCCAAAAGGUUGUCGCAUUAAGAGAGCCUGAAGUUACCGCUACAGAUUCUGAUUCUGAGUCACAGCAAGACAGGCAAAUGAUAAAUUUCGCUAAAAGACCAAAAACAAAAGAGACUGCACCUGAAGAUGACAAAUUCUUAGAAGCUCUUGAUAAAAUUAUUAAAACAAGAAAACGACAUGAGAUGGGAAGUCAAGAUGAAGACAGGUUAUUUAUGCUGUCUUUAGUUAGUUCAUUAAAAAAAGUGCCACCCCAAAGAAAAAUGUCAACUAAAAUUAAAAUUAUGACUGUUCUUGAAGAGGCAGCCUGUUUUGAGACUGACACUGAUGAUAGUUCAUAA